UCUGAGCAGCGGAACUCUUCCAGGGUUGAAUUGGUCUCUGUGAUGGAGACCCCAAACACAAUAAGCGUCUGCCCAGUGGGCAGCUUAAGUGCUGACUUGUAUUCUGGGAACAACUUCAGAAAACCUGCAGACUCCCAAACUUUAACUGCAGGUCGUCCAACCAUGCCGGUCAUCAAAGUGCAGCCAUUUAUUUCUGGAGACGGCGCGGAAAGAAGUUGGAUCCGAAAACUGCUGGCUCAUAGUGUGGAAUUGUUCAUUUGCGCAUUGAUCAUCGUGGUGGUCUGUCUGGCCUUUGUUUUUGGCUUUGGGUCUGGGAGCUGCGUGGGGAAGUUUCAGUGCGGCUUUUCAUCUCAGUGCAUAACAAGUUCAGCCCAGUGUGAUGGAAAGGUGGACUGUGACAAUGGCGAGGACGAGCUAGGCUGUGUACGUCUCAGUGGGCGGAGUUCAGUCCUGCAAGUCCAGAAAGAAGGUGUGUGGAAGACAGUCUGCUCAGAAGACUGGAAUAAUUGGCUUGGGGCGUCUGCCUGCAAACAGCUGGGAUAUAACAGUUAUGUCGAGUCGUUGUUUAUCCCGCUGACCUCCAUCGAGGAGAAUCUUCAGUACGAUCUGGUGUCCAUCAACCUCAACCGUAACCUGGCCAUAAAGCUCCAAAACACUGCAACUUUCAGUAAACCCCAAUGCACCUCGAACAAUGUGACAACGCUGAAAUGUCUGAAGUGUGGCGUCAGACCGAAAUACUCGCCUCGUGUUAAGCACUCGGUUCAAAUUGUUGGAGGAAACCUCUCCAGGCCUGGUCAGUUCCCCUGGCAGGUUAGCCUCCAUUUCAACAAUGUGCACCGCUGUGGCGGCUCCAUCGUAUCUGCAUUCUGGAUUGUCACAGCAGCACACUGUUUAUUCGGGUUUGUCAACCACUCCAUGUGGACGGUCCACGUGGGAAAGACAAUGCAGCAAGCCGAUGGUCCCCAGUCUCUUGCAGUGGAGAAGACGAUCUUCCACAUUCUUUAUGACCCCAAAGGCACGGAUUACGAUAUUGCACUCAUGAAACUAAGAAAGCCUCUUGUUUUUAAUGCAUCUAUUCAGACAGCAAGCAGCAGAAGCACAUUUGCCGGUGAGAGACAGACUCAACAUCAGCAACAAUCCAACGACCUGAAGCCACAACCUCAGCUUCAAUCUAUCAAAGCUGCCCCCAUUGAUAUUGCUGACUGGCUACACCAUUUGACUGACACACUCAGGACUGAAUUACUUAGCAGAGGCUCUUAUGAGGAUUUGUGGAGCCCAUCUGCCUGCCUAACUAUGGGGAGAAUUUUGAGCAAGGUACUGAGUGCUGGAUCUCUGGAUGGGGGGCAAGUAAGAGCAAAGUGCCUGGGAUUUUCAGGUGAUAGCGAAAUGUUUCUACACUCGGCCAUGGUGCCCAUCCUCUCCAUAAAGACCUGCAAUCAGCCAGAGAUCCACCAGGGCCUCAUCUCACCAUGGAUGGUCUGUGCAGGAUACCUGAAGGGAGGAAUUGACGCCUGUCAGGGGGACAGCGGGGGUCCUCUGGCUUGUGAAGACUCAUCUCUGUGGAAGCUGGUUGGGGCAACGAGUUGGGGCAUCGGCUGUGCUGAAAGGAACAAGCCCGGUGUUUACACCAGGAUCACAUCCUUUCUCAAUUGGAUCAGAAUACAUAUGGAGAUAGCACACGACGCUUCAGAGUUCACGGCCGGUGCAGAGAGGCGACAAGGAGGACACGAGACAAUGGGAGGUCCUUAUAUGCAGGAAAGCCCCUCCCAAAACUGCAGGUGGCCUGGGGAACAAGGGACCACCGGCCCCACGCAGGCAGGUCGGCCGGCCAGCGAAAGGACCCCCAAGACUGUGCUGCCAGGCAGGCCAGCGGUAGACACGCCUGGCCGAGGACAAGGCACGGGAGAAGCAGGAGACAGCCAGCAGCUGGCCACUGUGCAGCACCGCCACAUGCUACACGGCACAGAGGAGCCCCCCCCCCAGACGGGGGAUGCGCAGGGACUAGACCCAGAAGGUCCCCACCGAGCAGGGGAGCAUGUGACACUUGGGGGACACGCGACGGGAGCACUCACCUGCUCAGGUGUCCUUUGCACACAGCUACCGGAACAACACUCGGGGAAUGUACGGGUCACGGAUUACGUCAUCAUGACCAAGGGUUUUGCUGACAUCAAUCUUGUAACCAACACCGCUGUGAAUGAAACCCAGACGUCCUCAACAGAACUCAGGGUAGAAGCGUCUGAGCAACCGAACUCUUCCAAGGUGGAAUUGGUCUCUGUGACGGAGGAAGACCUCCCCACAAUAGAGACCCCAAACACAAUAAACGUCAGCCCCCUGGGGAGUCUAAAUGCUGACUCGUAUUCUGAGAACAAAUUGAGCAAACCUGCAGAGUCCCAAACUUCAACUGCAUGUAGUCCAACCAUGCCGGUCACCAAAGUGCAGCCAUUUAUUUCUGAAGACGAUAUGGACAAAAGUUGGAAGCAAAAACUGCUGGCUCGUCGCAUGGAAUUGAUCAUAGCUGCAUGUAUCAUCCUAGUGGUCUGUCUUGGUCUCGGUAUAGGCCUUGGAGUGGGUCUGAGCUGCAUGGGGAAGUUUCAGUGCGGCUUUUCAUCUCAGUGCAUAAGAAGUUCAGCCCAGUGUGAUGGAAAGGUGGACUGUGACAAUGGCGAGGACGAGCUAGGCUGUGUGCGUCUCAGUGGGCGGAGUUCAGUCCUGCAAGUCCAGAGAGAAGGUGUGUGGAGGACAGUCUGCUCUGAGGACUGGAAUAAUUGGCUUGGAGUGUCUGCCUGCAAACAGCUGGGAUAUAACAGUUAUGUUGAGUCAUUCUUCAUCCCGCUGACUUCCAUCGAGCAGAACCUUCAGUACAAUCUGGUGUCCAUCAGCCUCAGCCAUAACCUUAGCCAAUCACAGUCUAUACAGCUGCAAAACGCUACAACUUUCAGUAAAACCCAAUGCACCUCAGGAAGAGUGACAACGCUCAAGUGUCUGGAGUGUGGCUUCAGACCAAAGUACACCAUGACUCGUAUUGUUGGAGGGAACAUCUCCAGGCCUGGUCAGUUCCCUUGGCAGGUUAGCCUCCAUUUCAACAGUGAACACCUCUGUGGUGGCUCCAUCGUAACUUCAUUCUGGAUUGUCACAGCAGCACACUGUUUAUUUGGGUUUACAAACCAGUCCAUGUGGAGGGUCCACGUGGGACAGACGGAACAGCCAGUCCACGGUGCCCAGUCUCUUGCAGUGGAGAAGAUGAUCUUCCACGGCCGUUAUCGCCCCAAAGGCCUGGAUUACGAUAUCGCACUCAUGAAACUGAGCAAGCCUCUUGAUUUUGAUGCCUCCACCUUCUCAAUUCGCUCCUCUGUGUCUGUUAUUUGUUGUUUAAUGUUUGUGAGCUCGGAUUUAAUAUCGCUCAGCUGUUCUUUUAUGUCCUUUCGGAAGUCCCGAAUCUCCUCCAGAACAUGGACUAACCCUUCGGCGUCCGCCUCCUUUGAGCGAGGGUUAGCAUUAGCACCGCCAUCUUGUAGCUUUACAGAUUUGAGGACAGCGCAAAGAAAGAGGCUUCAAAAAAGUUCAGACAAGACAAAACAAAGAGAGCAAGCUGGGAGAAGAAGGGAGCGGAAAAAAAUGCAACCGCCCUCCCCAGAGGCAAGACAGAAAAAUGACCUGAAUGAGAAUAUUCAUCAUCAUUUUGGAUUUGUGGAGCCCAUCUGCUUGCCUAACUAUGGGGAGGAGUUUGAGCAGGGCACAGAGUGCUGGAUCUCUGGAUGGGGGGCAACCGAGGACGAAGGAGAGACCAGUGUGUUUUUACGUUCGGCCAUGGUGCCCAUCCUUUCCACAAAGACCUGCAAUCAGCCAGAGGUUUACCAGGGCCUCAUCUCACCAUGGAUGGUCUGUGCAGGAUACCUGGAAGGAGGAACUGACUCCUGUCAGGGGGACAGCGGGGGUCCUCUGGCUUGUGAAGACUCCUCUCUGUGGAAGCUGGUUGGGGCAACGAGUUGGGGCAUCGGCUGCGCUGUGAGGAACAAGCCCGGUGUUUACACCAGGAUCACACACUCACUCAGCUGGAUCAGGCAACACAUGGAAGUCAGUCCAUAACCAGCCCCUUAUUGGUUGUGUGCAACACACUGCCAAUAAGGUGUACAUGUCUGGCAACACAAGCGGGUACCAAGAUAAGGGUGUCUUAUGAGCAUGAGUACUCCCAGGAACUUGGGAGCUGCGGUUCAUUGAGGGGAAACAUGAACUCCAACACGUACAUUCUGAUGACCUCCCUUGGGACGCUUGGCUGGUUUCCGACCUAAUGGAGAUACAAUACAUGAUGGAAUACGGUACAACCAUGUCUCUUCCAGACCUGAACCCACUCGUGCAUCCUCAAGCAGAGGGUGGAGGACACCCAACAGUGUCAUUGUGAAAGAGGAUGCCAGUGACAAAUGAUGCAGCGCUGCUCAAUUCCAUGUCCAAGAGGAUGAAGGCAGUGCGAGGUAACAAAUAUUCACACCUUUUGGACAAGAAGUGUACUCACUUGUGUUGCACAUAUUAGACAUGAAUGUAUAUUUAAGGUGGGCAAAUAGAUCCAAAUAUCGAUAGUAUUGAUACCAAGAAUAGUAUGCAUAUCAUAUCAAUCAGGUUUUCUUUUACAUUCAUUUUCACAUAUUGUGUUUUUUUUGUCCAUAUUGUUACAUUGAUUACAUUAUAGUCAUAUAUUUUUAUAUUGUUUACAAAGUCAGGGAAGCCGUGGGAGAUCAUGCAGUUUCACCUAUGUGGGUUAAAAAUAUUUUUUGCAAACCAGUAAGUAUAAUCUGCAAAUGAUGUGUUGUUGUUGAGUGUCGGUGCUGUCUAGAGCUCGGCAGAGUAACCGUGUAAUACCAUACCAUAUCAGUAGGUGGCAGCCAGUAGCUAAUUGCUUUGUAGAUGUCGGGAACAUGGUUUGUCGUGAUCACAAUAUGCAGACGACAGCGGGAGGCAGUGUGCAAGUAAAAAGGUAUCUAAUGCUUAAACCAAAAAUAAACAAAAGGUGAGUGCUCCUAAGAAAAGGCAUUGAAGCUUAGGGAUGGCUAUGCAAAACGAGACUAAAACUGAACUGGCUACAAAGUAAACAAAAACAGAAUGCUGGACGACAGCAAAGACUUGCAGCAUGUGGAGCAGAGACGGCGUCCACAAAGUACACCCGCUGUACAUGACAUGACAAUCAACAAUGUCCACACAAAAAGAGAUAGCAACAACUUAAAUAUUCUUGAUUGCUAAAACAAAGCAGGUGCGGGGAAUAGCGCUCAAAGGAAGACAUGAAACUGCAACAGGAAAAUACCAACAAAACAAGAAAAGCCACCAAAAUAGGAGUGCAAGGCAAGAAAACAGCAAAAAAAUCCAAAUAAGUCAGAGCGGGAUGUGACAGUGUACACCUACUUUGAGACAAGAGCUAAAGUGAUGCAUGGUUGUUUAUGGUUUAAAUUAAUAUCCAACAAUUGCAACAACAACUUUCUAUUGUCUAAUGAGUUUCAUUUUUUAAAUAUCUGCUGGUGGUGUACCUCCGGAUUUUUUUUAAUGAAAAAAAUGCACCUUGGCUCAAAAAAGGUUGAAAAACACUGGUCUACAUAACAUUUAAAAGUUUCGCUUUGGUCAAGGUUUUGCAUAGAUUGUUUUACAGACUAUCUUCAAGUUUUUCUGACCAUCUCUUCAGGAUGCGCAGUUUUGCGGGCGGUCUUAUUUACACGCCCAAGUCCUCUUUCAGGCCCAGCCGUCAGCCAUGUUGUAGUUUUUAGCGCUUCCAUAUGGAGUCUACUGACAGAUAUAAGUUAGAACUAUACGCUACUUUUUGUUAGACAUGGCAACCGCGGAGGAUGCAUGUGCAUGUACGAGACAGUCUGCCCCACAAGAAGGCUACGACUAAACAAAAAUGGCUGACUCGCACAGCAAAACUCUUCGGGUAAACCCAUACCAUAUAUGGAGAUAUCAUACGUAACAAAGGCAAAAUAUGUCACAAUUACUAACGGCUCGUUCGAUGCAAAUUUAGAAGAAGGCAAAAUUAUUUUAUAAAUAUGGACAUGGUUUGAUUUCACCUUUGUGGGACUUACGUGGAUCCCAAAUACACAAAAUAAGGUACCAACAGUUAAGGAAUGUUGGCUUUGCAUAAUAAGGCCACUUUAAAUGAGAUCCACUAGUAGUUUUUGUUUACUAAUUUUGCACUAUUUACUUUAUUUUGCUCUAACAAUUGUUUGCAAUAAAAAGGGAAUAAUUAUAUUAUUUUGGUUAUGUUCUCUUAUAUCAUUCAAAUGUUUACAAAGGUGUUGAUCAAAAUAUAUUUUUGUUGUCAAAGUCUUUGUCUUUGGGUUUUAUUCUGAUAGAAAACAAUUUAAGCUACUUUCAAAAGUGUUUUAUUCAUCUCUAAAAAAUUAUAGAAAAAAAUAUCGGUAUGAGUAUCGGCAAUUCUGGCUCUUUAUUUACUUAACAUCGAAUCAAUACAAAAAAUUGCAGCAUCACAUAGCUCAUACGCUUUUUUUUCCAAAACCAAAUUAUUUAGGGGCAUUCAUCUAGCUAUGCUCUAGAUAUGUUAAUCCCAUCUUUAAAAAGUAAACAACAAAUUAGUUUAUACAUGUGUUUAAAAAGCCGGUUUCAACCAAAUCCAUGCACUGAAUCGUUUUUAAGUGCAUGUAAACAUACCAAGUGUGUGUGUGUGCUUGGCAGCGACAUUGGGUUUAGGAUGGGAUGGGGGGCCCUUUAAUAGUCUUAUCAAUGCCUAUUGUACCUAACUAAUGACACAUUUGCGUAAUUAUUUAAAGACUUAUUUAUUUUUGACCAAUUUGACCCCUUCGUCACCAGAUCCAUGAAAUAUUCAAAUGUAUUAAAUGAAUUAAUUAAUUUAAUGAAUUUAUUAUUUGACCCUCCAUC